AGAGAAGAAAACAUCAUUUUUACGAAAGUAAUUUCGUGUUAUCAUCGUAGCCCUACAAUCGGGCAGCGACCAUUUGGCAAGACAGAAAGUCAAAGAAAAUUAGUGCGUUGUCCUCUAUUACAUUAACCGAAACUCUUAAAACAUUAAAUAAUUACAAUAAUGAGGUUAAAGUAAUAUAACAUUAGGCAUACGCCCGUAUAUACGUACGUGUCGACUUAACAACAAGCUUUUGUUGCAACAUGAGAAAGAUUUUUUUACGAAAAUAAUUUCAUAAAAUAUAAGUCGAAAUGGAAGUGAGGGAGGCUGGAGACGGCGCUGCAGCGGGGGAGAUGGUACGGGCUCCUUCGAAGAAGUAUUCGUGGGCAGAAGUGAGGCAAGCCGUGCACGAUCUGAGGAAGGAAUUGUUCUCUUUGUCUAUGAUGGCGCCAAUGGCGAUAUCCUUUAGGAAAUUGAGCAACGGGAAGAUGAGGAUAUACUUCCUGAGGCCUCCGCAGAAUGGCUGGGAAAUAACGUUACUGUACACGGACGUGACGCCGACGCAGCAGCCCAAUAACGCUCGUUUGGACUGGAAGCCGCUGAUCGAGUCGAAUGUUGCACUUGGCGUGACGUCAGGCAAGUGGUCGCGCGAGGAGCAACUCCUGUGGGAGAGGCAGCGCGUGGCCGCCUGGGGGAUAGCCUCGUACGAGCUACAUCCGAGGACCGGUCGCGUGCUGUUCCCCUGCGCAUCUUCCUUGUUUGUUGCAGAGGAAGGACCUAACCAGUCGCCGCCGCUGGUGCCGCGCUCGCUGAACACGGGCGGCGGCGCGGCGCUGACGCCGGCCAUGUGUCCGCGCGCGCCCGCGCUGGUGGCGCACGCGGCGCGCGGCGACAUCUGGCUGGCGGCCGGGGCUCUGCGCCGCCCCACGCGCCUCACCUACGCCUGCAAGGGACACGAGCCUGAUAGAUUAUCUGAUGACCCCCGGCAGGCGGGCGUGCCGUGCUACGUCACGCAGGAGGAGUUCUCAAGGUACACCGGCUUCUGGUGGCAACCCAAGUCCGACGAUGACGUAUACCGGAUAGUGUACGAGGAAGUGGAUGAGAGCGACGUGAAGAUAUUUAGCUUCCCCUCGUCACAGUCCACCAGCGGGGAAGUCGAGGAGUUCAGAUUUCCCCGCGCGGGCACUCCAAACGCGAAGUCUACUCUGAAGAUGGUGACGUUCAGGCUACAGAAGGCUUCGCCCACUACUGUGCUGGAUUGCUACCAGGAGGGGACUGCUGAUGCGCAUCCGACAGACAGCGCGGACGAGUCGAUGGAGGUGACCGACAUCCAGUGGUUCGAGCUGCGACAGCCGCUCAAGGACACUUUCCCCUGGUUCGAGUACCUCGCCAGGGUCGGGUGGACGCCGUGCGGACAGUACGUGUGGGUGCAGCUGCUGGACCGCAAGCAGCAGCGGCUGGAGCUGGCGCUGUUGCCGGUGGCGGAGUUCAGCGCGCGCGCAGACUACGAGCACGCGCCGCACGCCGUGCGACACCACGCGCACGCGCACGCGCACGCGCACGCACACAACGCACACACUUAUACGCAGCCCAUCCAAGAAAUUCAAGUGCUAGUAUCGGAGUCGGCGCCUGAAGCGUGGAUCAACGUGCACGACAUCCUUUACUUCCUGCCGUCGCCGCCGUCCCCGCCCGGCGAACACCACAUCAGCUUCAUAUGGGCCUCCGAGGAGAGCGGAUACCUCCACCUCUACCUCAUCACCUGCGCACUACUGCCGGCCAGGAGGGAGAGAGUCAGAUCUUCGUCCCGGCGCCGGAGGAGGGCGGCCACACUCGCCAGUACGUUUUUAUUGAUGGACUGUUGCUCUUUGCCGAUCAGAAGGAGACGGGGCAAAUCGGUGAUAGAAAUGAUCACGGAUGACGAGACGAAUGCGGUGGGCCCGAACAUCAUCAGCAAGGAACCGCUCACCGCCGGCGAGUGGGAGGUCAUGGGAAAGAAGAUAUGGGUGGACGAGGCGCGGCAGCUGGUGUACGUGGUGGGGCUGCGCGAGACGCCGCUGGAGCGGCACCUGUACGUGUGCCCGCUGGCGCCGCCGCGCCCGCACGCGCUCACGCUGCUCACCGCCGUGGGACACUCCUGCACCGUCGACAUAGACGAGGAGUGCAGCACGGCGGUGAUCACGACGUCGAACAUCAGCAGCGUGCCGUGCACGCGCGUGUUCCGCAUCGUGCACGCGGCGGGCGCGGCGGCGGGCGCGGCGGCGGGCGCGGCGGCGGGCGCGGCGGCGGGCACGCGUCUGCACGCGCAGGGCACGCUCAUGGAGCGUGCCGCCUCCGAAUCGUCGGAGUCGCGCAGUUUCAACGGCUCGUGGGACAGUCGGUCCGGCGACGGCGACGACAUCGACGGCAGCGAGACCACGCUUCUAGUCAGAGAGAGUUCGCUGAGCGCGCUGGAGGUGCCGCCGGCGCAGAUCUACGAGACGCGGCUGUCGUGCGGGCUCGCCGCCUACUGCACGUUGUGGCGCUGCGGCAGGCCCGGCCGCAGCGCCACCGUGCUGCACGUCUACGGCGGCCCGGAGGUGCAGACCGUCACCAACAGCUACAAGGGCAUCCGGCAAUUGAGAAUGCACAUGUUGGCCGCCCGAGGGUUCAACGUGGUGGCGGUGGACUCGCGCGGCUCCAAGCACCGCGGCCGCGCCUGGGAGGCCGCCAUCAAGGGCAAGAUGGGGCAGGUGGAGCUCGACGAUCAGGUGGAAGUGCUGCAGUGGCUCGCCAAGGAGACCGGCUGUAUUGACAUGGAGAGAGUCGCGAUUCACGGCUGGAGUUACGGCGGGUACCUGUCGCUGCUGGCGCUGGCGACGCGGCCGAACAUCUUCAAGGUGUGCGUGGCGGGCGCGCCGGUGACGUGCUGGCGGCUGUACGACACGGCCUACACGGAGCGGUACAUGGGCGCGCCCGCCCGCGCGCCGCACGCCUACGCGCGCGCCUCCGUGCUCGCGCAUGCGCCCUUCUUCCCCGACCAAGAGGGUCGGCUGCUGAUCAUCCACGGUCUGGCGGAUGAGAACGUGCACUUCUGCCACACCGCCGCGCUGCUCGCCGAGUUGGUGCGCCUGGGCAAGCCGCACCGAGUGCAGGUGUACCCGGGCGAGAGACACUCGUUGAGAGCGAUGCACGCCGCCAAGCACUACGAGGCGACGCUCCUGCACUUCCUGCAUGAGAACCUGUAAUCGGACCGGGCGGGGCCCACGGACCCACGGAGCCCACUCACGACGCAAACUGUCACUCCGCCACACAGAACCCGUGUUGUAAAUAAAGACAGCAUUUAAAUAUGUUAACCAACGCCAAGGACAGGUCGCGCAGGCGCCGGGAAUGUUAAUACGGACUGUUUCACAAUGUAUAGGGAAAUGUUCAAUUAUAAGAUGACCAAAUUGAUUAUAAGUGGAUGAAAUGAGGUUUCCAAUUUGGGUGUCGAUGCGCGGCGGUUAUCCCCCGCUACAUUGUGAGACAAGCCUCUAGUUGUAUUCACCUGUAAAGGUAUCGUAUUGAAUGAUUCCGCCGCAAACAUAAAAUUAUCAUUGUUAUGUAA